AUGGACAACCCCCAAAUGGCCGAUCCCACCACCACCACCACCACCCAGAACACCGCACAAAGCAUCCUAGCCCUCAAUGAAAUCAAAACCAUCGAGAGCCUCCACCGCAUGUUCCUCUCCGGCGGCAACACCAUGCAUCUCAACAUCGCCAUCAAGAUGGCCGAGCCCCUUGUGGCGUCCGAGAAGUCGGUUAAGCCACUAUUGGCCAAGAUGCGUGGGGAGUUGGCGGGGGCGGAGAAGGAGGGGAGGGAAAGUAGAGGCAAGCCGGAAACAAGCAAUCGAUCGCCGAUGUAUGCGAAGAAUGCGUGUCCGGAGGAGAGCGCGGAUAAUGUUGUGGAUCUGUUUAAGCAGCUGGCUCUGAUGUUUGAUACGACGGGAGAUCAGGUGUACCUGGAUGGCGCUCUAGGCGUGGUUGAAGGGCUGGAAAUCGUCGAUCCGAGAAUUAUAGGAGACAUACAACGUUUGCAAUUAGCACAUAAGGCUAGGGCAGACCUAGAGGCGGACUUGGACGACAUAAUGGAGGGGGUUGAACAGCAGAUUGCGGGAACCAUCCCAGAAGAUGGGGCAGAGAGCAGCGGACAGGAUAAUUCAGAUUGCGGUUCUGAUUUCAAAAAGGAAAUUAUCCGUCUAUCAAGAAUGGUUUCGUUAGAAACCAUAAGCCCGGAGAGUGCCUUGGAUUCAGUUACUAGAUUGAUCUCUCAAGACGAGCGGAUACGUAAUACCUUACCCCUGCUAUCUCAAAGCCUUCGGGUCAGCAAGCUGCAGAGUAUCAAAACUUACAUACGCUCUUCAUACACGUGGUUAUGGCAACGAGAACUCCAGGUGGCGGAAAAGAUGUGCCUCUCGUUGUUGGAAGGCUUGAUCCUCUCAGCUCCCAGCCCGAACCUUCGUACACUCGUCCACGCCGCCCUCAUCGCCAUCUUGGGGAGAACACCUGAUCGUAAGCGCACUAUUGAGAACAUUGAAAGCGACAUUGAAAAUACUCGAAAUCUACUCAAGGAGAUGCCGCAACAUGACAUUGAGAGGGAAUCGUUGAUGUCUAUUCUUGGGAUAAAAAUAUUCGGGAAGUAUAAAGUUUCCGGUGCCAAAGGUGACCUGGAUAAAGCUAUUCAGAUUGUCCUGGAAGCAGGAAACAGUAUGAGGUGUGACCAUCCUUGUCGUAGGGUGACCGUAAAAUUCCUGGAGAUUAUGACAGAAUCAAGGACAUUGCUGGGCGAGGGUGCCGGAGAAGAAGCCCUAGCGAAAGAAACCGGAACCUCUGGUUGGGAUGCUGUUGCAGCACCUCAGCAGUCUGGCGGCAACGAAAUAACGGAGAAUACGAUGAAGGAUGCCUAUACCCAACAAAUGCUUGACGCCGCUGCGCAACAUGAUUCCAGCCCCCUUUGUAGUGCACUGACCGUGAACGAACUCAUUCCUUCCUAUAUUUUCGAAAACAGUGAUGCCCAAGACCCGGAACCCGUCGCUAAUCUCGACAAAGAGCUGGCCAGAGCUCUCCACCUGGCCAGAAACCUACCUCCGGAAUAUAAUGAGCAUCGACCAGAAUGGCUCUUGAAAGCUAGCGUGGUUCUUUUCAUCAAGUACCGGAGACUCAAGCAACCGGAGUACCUCAAUCAGGCAAUCGACCUGGGUAAAGAGGCAGUGGCCACAACUGCUCCAUCAAACUCAUAUAGACUGAGGGCAACACAAGUGCUUGUGGGGCUGAUGCAGGUUCGAUAUGAGCUACUUGGUGUAGAUGAUGACUUGUCGGAGAUGAUUCACCGGAAUAAGGAGAUAGUCACGGAGAUGUGGGAAGAGGAUUCUGAUCGAGAGGUCUGGCUCCAAACGCUUGCCAUCUCGACUCGCGAGAAGUAUUUCAAAUCAAGGACAGUGGAAGACCUUGAACAGGCACUAGUUUAUGCAAAAGGAUUAGUUGAUAGAACCGACAUUGACCAUGAGGAUCUUCCGCAACGACGAGAUACCUUGGUCAAUUUACGCAUCUUAAAAUAUCGUCAAUCCGAAGAUAUCAAAGACCUCGAGAGGGCCAUUGAAGCUCCGGAAAGCUCAAUAACCUCUCCAGACCAUCGAUUCCGGUUAAGACAUAUUAUCCUUUUGAGCAAUUGUCUUGAGAUCAUGCACCUCAAAUUCAAACGCGAAGGAUGUCGUGACAGGGCAAUCAACAUGUUGGGAGAGGCUAGUCUAGCCCCGACUGAUGGUGGUCCUAUCCGUCUUACGCGCUGGUUCGGCCUAUUUGAAAUGUCAAGUGCGCGGUUUGCCGACCUACAGGAUUUCAACGACUAUGAGCGGAGCACCCACUACGCCAAGAAGAUCUUAGUUCUUCCAGAACCUGAGGUGAGGAUCCUUGAGGAGGCCAUUACAGCAGGUAAAAUGAGCGUAGAGAUAGCUUCAGCAGAGGGAUUCAACGACCCUAGAUACCAGCUCAGUGACCGACUGCGCGACCUUGGGGGUUUGUAUACAGACCGAUAUAACCGAUACGGCGAAUUUGUAGACCUUGAAACAUCAGUCAGAUAUCUUGAAAAAGCUAUAUCAUUGGAUAAUAGUAAUCCGUCGGUCGAGCUAUUGAUGCGUCCUUCCUCGCAUUACAAGACGAGAUUCGAGCUCCUUGGAGGUCUUGACGACUUGGACCGUUCCAUUGAACUCUACGGGCAGGCACAGAGUAGCAUGGCAGCUAGCCACCGGGGUCAAGCUGUGUUUUCAGCCUUUUUGGACUCACUCCUGAUCUCGAGGUACGAUCAGCGGGGAAAUAAAGAGGACCUUGACACAGCUGUGGAAAUGAUUCAAAUGGCUUCCCAGCUUGAACCCCAAGUAGUAGAUCACCUUCCCGAGUGUCUGUCACUUCUAUUAGCUAUCCGUCGGGAGUACAAGAAGUCCAAUAAUCAGAAAAAACUGCUUGACGCAAUUCAAGCAUGUAAGACAGUGCCGGUAGACGCGGUUGAUAAAAACAGGCCGUUGCGACGUAGCGGAAUAAGUGUGUUCAUGAGCGUCUUGCUUUCGGAAUCAUAUAACGAGUCCCAAAACAUGCAGGACCUUGAAGAUUGCAUAAAAUAUUCCGAAGAGGUAGUGGCACAAACACCCCGAAACAACCCACGCAGAGCAGCCAAUCUCUUGAUGCUUGGUACCGCGAUACAUAAGCGUUACUCGGCCACUCAGUCCAACCACGACCUCUACUACGCACUGAGUACGUUUUACGAAGCCUGGCACUGCCGCCUAUCCCCGGUGGAGGAACGUAUCCGGGCAGCGUCCCUGCUGUGCGAGAUUCUUACAGAGAAGCACAUGUGGCAGGAGCUGAGUCCAGUUCUUCAAAGUGCUAUUAUGCUUCUUCCAAACGUCAGCAAACGGUCCUUGCGCAGAAAGGAUCAGGAACAUCACUUGGCAAAGUUUAGGGACCUUGUAGUGAAUACUAUACCGUUUCUACUCAAAGCGGGGGAGGACGCGGCGUGUUGCCUUAGAAUCUUGGAAUUUGGUCGAGGGGUGAUUAUGGGCAUGGUGAUGGAUUAUAGAAGCGAAACCGCUAUAUCAAAGCUCAAAGAAGCACAUCCGGAUCUUUUUACAAAAUUCAAGAGGCUAUGCAAAGAAAUCGACCAACCACUUUCAACUGAACCACCAAUGGCGGAGAUGCUUGACCAGCUGAGGGACCGGAGAUCUACUCACCUACAAGACCAUCGGGACCGAGAGAAUUCAGUGAGGAGUAUGGAGGAACUCGUCGCAGAUAUUAGAGACCUGCCUGGUUUUGAAGGCUUCCAGCUCCCGCCCCGGUCCGACGAAUUGAUGGCUAUGGCUAGUGAAGGGCCGAUUAUCACUUUUCUUUGCACAAAGUGCAGGAGCGACGCAAUUAUCGUGACCGCUACCUCAAUCAAGUCUCUUAGGCUACCGAAAUUGAUUUAUGAAGAUGCCGAACCGUGGAUGAGUAAGAUAUCGACACUCGUGCGCAGCAAACGAUCCAACUACGAAGAAAACAAUUCCCAAAUGGAACAACUUCUAUCGUGGUUAUGGGAUUCUGCAGUAGUGCCUGUACUGAACGAGCUGCAGCUCCUGAGAAUCUCGGGCGACAAAUUACCGCGGGUUUGGUGGAUUGGCACCGGAGUUCUAGCUAGGGCUCCGUUUCACGCUGCUGGUAGACACUCCCGCCGCUCCACUGAAAACACCUACAGCCACAUUAUAUCUUCCUAUAUCCCAACCAUCAAGGCACUAUCCUAUGCCCGCCGGAGAAAACUGCAACUGUUGAGCAGACCCGACUCAUCGCUCCUCGUGGUUACUAUGCCAACCACCCCACCCCAGCGUAGUCGGGAUACUACCCGGCCACCCAGAACCCCUGGUCCGCUGAAAUCCACACUUGAGGAGGCGAGCGCAAUUAUGAGGGCUGCGGCCGGAAAGACCAGUGUAGUCCAAUUUAACCAUCCCAGUGCAGAAUCCAUUAUGAGGAAGCUCUCUGGGUUCCAAGCAGUUCACUUUGCCUGUCACGCCGUUUCCGACAGUACAAGCCCCUCCCAAAGUUGCCUACUCCUGAACGGUGGCACAGGAAUGCUUGAUACCCUAACAGUCGAAAGGCUCUCGGCUGCGAAUAUUGAGAACGCUCAGAUAGCCUAUCUCUCUGCAUGCCCGACCGCCGGGAACUCUUCUCGCCUUCUUGCGGACGAGUCAAUACACAUUGCGAGUGCUUUUCAGCUAGCGGGCUUUAGCCAUGUCUUGGCUACACAGUGGGUUUCAAACGACAUUGCGUGUCGUGAAGUUGCGGAAGAGUUUUACAAACAGCUGUUCAAGGGCAGCGGCGGCGGAGCUGAUCACGGACAUGUCAGCCUUUCGUUUCAUCUUGCAGCCAAUAAGCUCCGAGUCAAAUCCUGGAAAGAGCCCAUCAAGUGGGCGUGUUAUAUUCAUACAGGCGCCUGA